GUCGAGAAGUUCACAAUAAUGACAACGCUCUAUGUAAUCCUGGUGCUACUAAGUGCUCUUGUAGCCACAUCCUGGUCCGCUUCCUUCGACAUAAAGAGAGUGCAUAACCAGGAGCAGCUGCUGGGCAGAUCGAAUGGGGGUAAAUCUCGUGACAUGUCUGACUUUGAUCCCAAUUCUUUGGCCAAGAAUAAGUACACGCCUCCAGAGGAGAAGAAUGCUCAGUUCUGGUAUGAUGUGGCCAAUGAGGAGAUCGCCAAGCGAGUGAAUCUUCCGCAAGGAGACAAGCGGAAGGCCAAGAAUUUGAUCAUGUUCCUGGGCGACGGCAUGUCUUUGACCACAGUGGCAGCUGCCAGGAUUCUGAAAGGUCAACUGAAGGGCAACACUGGCGAGGAGGAUUCCCUGAGCUUUGAACGGUUCCCCCACACUGGAUUGAGCAGGACCUACUGCUCCAAUGCCCAAGUGCCGGAUUCAGCCUGCACAGCAACUGCGUAUUUGUGUGGCGUGAAGACCAACAUUGUUGCCCUGGGAGUGACAGCCGGAGUCAACUUCAACAACUGCAGUGGCAGUGAGGAUCCCGCCAACCAUGUGAGCUCCAUUGCCGCCUGGGCACAGGCAGCUGGCAAGUCGAGUGGAAUCGUGACAACGACCACCUUGACCCAUGCCAGUCCGUCGGGAGCAUAUGCCCACACCACGAACCGGUUCUUCGAGUGCGACACUGACAUUGUCACCUAUGGAGAGGGCCAGAAUGAUCCGGCUACCUGCACGGACAUUGCCACCCAGCUGAUUACCCAGGAGCCUGGCAAGAACUUCGAUGUGAUGCUCGGCGGAGGAAUGGGUAAGUUCCUGCCCAAGUCCAUUCAGGAUAAGUGGCGCACAGGAGAGCGUUCCGAUGGCGUCAACCUGCUGUCCAAGUGGCAAUCCCUGCAUCCGGAUGGAGCCCUGGCCUACAACCGAAACCAGCUGUUGAGUGUGAAUGCGACGCGAUUGAAGAAACUGAUCGGUCUGUUCAACUCCGGUGUCAUGGACUUCCACAAGAUGGCCGAUCCCGUGCAGAAGCCCACCUUGGAGGAGAUGACCCAGAAGGCCAUUGAGAUGGUCGCCUCCAAUGACGAGGGAUACUUCCUCUUCAUCGAGGGAGGUCUUGUGGAUUACGGCAAUCACUUCAAUGUUCCUCAAAUGGGUCUCGAUGAGGUACAUGAGUUGGAUAAGGCUGUACAGAAGGCACUCGAUAUGACGAAUCCCGACGAGACUCUCAUUGUGGUGACCUCCGAUCAUGCGCAUCCGUUGUCCAUCUCUGGCUACCCGGGACGUGGCACUGACAUCCUGGGACUCAAUCAGCAUGACACCGAUGUCAAUGGCAUCAAAUAUGCCACUCUGAACUAUGCUGUUGGCAUGCAGCAAUAUCUGGACGAGAAUGGACAGCGCGUCGAUCUGACCGAGAAGAUCAAAGAUCCUGCUUUUCAGUAUCCCAGCUAUAUAAAGGGAGCUUUGGGUGUGCACUCUGGUGAUGAUGUGGGAGUCUUCGCCACUGGACCACAGAGUCAUCUGUUCUCUGGCAUGAUGCAACAGAGCACCAUUCCUCAUCUGAUGGCUUAUGCAGCCUGCAUUGGCGAUGGUCCCACACUAUGUGACUAAAUAAAUUCUACUUCCCUAUGAACUAUGUUAAGAUAAUUUAUUCCGGAACAAAGUGUAACUGUUACUGUUGCUGUCAAUGUUAACAAUUGAGUUAUGUUAUUAUUGAAUGUUAUAGAUUGAGUAACAUUUCAUUGGGAAUUAAAUUUGCUACUUGCUAAAUGA